GCUCCUCAGAGUAAGAGAGUCUUCUCUUCGGCGGCUGUUAUUUCAUAAAGGCAUCUCCCUUUCUGUGGACGAGACUGAACCUUAAGAGAAAACGGAACCAUAGAGCACCACUAGCCUAGAGAGAGAGAGAGAGAGAGCUAGCUCGAUCGUCUGUGAAAGGAAAUGGCUUUGAAGCUAAACCUUUUGGCAUCUACUCACCCCUACAGAUUCUCUUCCUCGGCUCGUCCGCCAAUCUCUACAUUCAGAUCUCCCAAGCUCCUCUGCCUCGCUUCUUCUUCUUCUUCUCCUGCUCUUGGCGCCAAGGAUGUUGAGAGUUUGAAGAAGCCAUUCACUCCACCUAAGGAAGUGCACGUUCAAGUCUUGCACUCCAUGCCACCCCAGAAGAUCGAGAUCUUCAAAUCCAUGGAAGACUGGGCCGAGCAGAACCUCUUAAUUCACCUCAAAGACGUCGAAAAGUCGUGGCAGCCCCAAGAUUUCCUACCCGACCCUGCGUCCGACGGGUUUGAAGAUCAGGUGAGAGAGCUAAGAGAGAGGGCGAGAGAGCUCCCUGAUGACUACUUUGUUGUUUUGGUGGGAGACAUGAUCACAGAAGAAGCGCUUCCUACCUACCAAACUAUGCUGAACACUUUGGAUGGAGUGAGAGAUGAAACUGGCGCUAGCCCCACUUCAUGGGCCGUUUGGACAAGAGCUUGGACUGCAGAGGAGAACCGACAUGGUGAUCUUCUCAAUAAGUAUCUUUACUUGUCUGGCCGUGUUGACAUGAGGCAGAUCGAGAAGACUAUUCAGUACUUGAUUGGCUCAGGAAUGGAUCCGCGUACAGAGAACAACCCUUACCUUGGCUUCAUCUACACGUCAUUCCAAGAAAGAGCAACCUUCAUCUCUCACGGAAACACAGCUCGCCAAGCCAAAGAGCAUGGAGACCUCAAGCUAGCGCAAAUCUGCGGCACUAUAGCAGCAGACGAGAAGCGUCACGAAACAGCUUACACCAAGAUAGUUGAGAAGCUCCUCGAGAUUGAUCCUGAUGGAACUGUGGUGGCUUUUGCAGACAUGAUGAGGAAGAAAAUCUCGAUGCCGGCUCACUUGAUGUACGAUGGACGCGACGACAACCUCUUUGACAACUUCUCGUCUGUGGCUCAGAGAUUAGGUGUUUACACUGCUAAAGACUACGCGGACAUUCUUGAGUUUUUGGUUGGUAGGUGGAAGAUAGAGAACUUAAAUGGGCUUUCGGGUGAAGGAAACAAAGCACGAGACUAUUUAUGUGGGUUGUCUCCGAGAAUCAGGAGAUUGGAUGAGAGAGCUCAAGCAAGAGCCAAGAAAGGACCUAAGAUUCCUUUCAGCUGGAUACAUGACAGAGAAGUGCAGCUCUAAGAAACGACAUAAACUCUCAGUUCCUCAUCUGAUCUGUUUCUGCUGGUGUAGAUUACUAUGGUUUCUGAUAAUGUUCUCGUGGGUCUAGUUACAAAGUUGAGAAGCAGUGAGGUGAUAGCGGUGUUUGGUCACUUUAGUAAACUUUGUAGCUGUGAAAACAUUUGAAAAGUCUGGUCUGAACUCUGUUUUUGACUUUGGAGUUUUGUUUCAGUUCAGGUUAGUAAUGUGUGUUCUCUCUG